AUGUAUGUAUCGCUGCAGAAGGGCCUCUCAUUCAAAACAACCAACAAUGGCGAUGUGAUCGAAGUUGUCGGGAGUACUGAUUCAGGACUCCUGGAAGGAGUUCUCAGGGGUCGGACCGGGCUCCUUCCUCGCCACCUCGUUCAGGAGGUCAGAUUCAGGAGUCAUGCUAACAAUAAGGAGGUUAUCAAGGAGAACGAUGUGUCUCCUAGAAGUGUUGAGAUGUCUCCUAGAAGUGUUGAAGUAUCACCUAGAGUUGGUGGAAGGAGAGAGGGAGAAAUAAUGAAACAUUUUGGAACAGCUACUAAAUCUGGUGUCACAUUUGUCACAGGACUACCAAGACAAUGUGUUCUUCACAAGGGCAGAAAAGGAUUUGGAUUUGUGUUGAGGGGGGCCAAGGCUGCGAGCCCCCUCAUGGACAUGAUCCCCUCCCACAAGUGCCCCUCCCUCCAGUACAUGGAUGAUGUGGACCCUGGGGGCGUGGCCGAUAUGGGGGACUUUCUGCUCGCCAUCAAUAAUGAAGAUGUAACGACUGCCAGCCAUGAGACUGUCGUCAAUCUAAUUAGGAAGUCUGGUGACCUGGUUCAGCUGAACGUAUUGACCGUAACUGCAGAAUACGGAGCUAAGAACUUCUCCUCUACCCUGCCAACACCGAGGGGGUUCUCCACCCUACCUAGGAAACCAGGGGGCAGGACACCUCUCCAGCACCCCCCGCCUCCGCCACGGCGGGACCCCGCCACUACCCUUAGUGUAGGACGGGCUAGAGCUAAGAGUAUGGUGGCUAAUCUCGCCGCUAUGGAUACACUCAGUGCUGCUAUCCGAGAGAAAGAUCCCAGUCUCCUGUCUGAGGCUAAAUCUGAGGAUGCUUUAAACCAGAUGAAAGCUGAUGGUGGAGAUGGUUCUACUAAACUAUUUGCUCGUGAGUUGGAACUUAUCUUCAGACGAAACUCAGGACUUACUGCAGGAGUUUCCAAGGCGACGAAGCACGGUGGCGCAGACGAAACUUUAGACACAGAAAUUCCUGAUUUAGAAGAGGUUGUAAUGACCAGACGAAGUGUUAGUCAGGAGAAUUUGAAUUCUUUACACCACACCCCUCAUACAGACUUAAAGGAUGGAUCCAAUCACACUGGGUACUACACCCUACCCAGUAAAGGUAGGCGUGGCCAGUGGGCGGGGAAAGAGGAUUAUUUGAAGGAGGAGGAGGUUUAUAGAACAGUCACCAGGAUAAGACCGGUUCAGCGGAGGCGAGGGGAACCGAGCCCUGGAACCUUGAGUGGGACUAACCCGGACUACGCUAAGGUAUCUCCGGUGACCGGGCCGGCGAGUAGUUUCAAACCAGCGGUCAAUGCCCGGCUCUACGAGAGUCCCAAGGGUAUUCCUGAUGUUGCGUACAAGAGUUCUGUAAAAAGUGAUGAUGUUGGUGCCAAAAAACGUUCUCCUACUCGGACGCAUUCUCUUCCUCCUAGGCCCUCAAAACCCCUAGUUCUAAAACGAGUUGAGGAACCUGUGGGAGGGGUAGAACGGUACAAAGUAAAUGGAGUAAACUACACAACCUAUACAACAUUUAGGAGCCCUCUUACACCAGAUACAGAUACAAGGUUUGAUGAUGAAGAAGAUAGUUCCCGAACUCCAACUAAUGAACUUACCCCUGAGGAAGAUCAAGAAACUACCUACUCCGGGUACCCGGGCCCUGAACCACCUUACCAGGAGUACCCGGGCCCUGGAACCCCUGAACCCUACCCUGGUGUGUAUCCAGGAGGUGUUCCUCAUAUACCUGAACCUGACUAUGAUAUCUCGGACCUGGAGAACUGUGAAAACGGAUCCUACUCCGGGUCUGAUUCAAGCUGGAGACAGGAUCAGGAGCAGUUUAGGGAUACUGCUACUCUCAGGAGGAAUCAGAGGAAUGAGCGUAAGAAGAAGAAAACUGUAAGUUUUAUCAUGAACCAAGAUAUUGCAAAUAUUAUUCAUAGCUCGGGAACUAUGACUAAAAAGGAUAGUAUACUGAAGGACACUAAGCACCAUGUAGAUGUCGGCGAAGAACCGGGCUGUUGGCGACCAACCCGCCGUUCGCCAACAAAAUCUGUCCCGCCACCGCCGACGGCCAAAUCAACACCGCCGAAAUCAAGUCUGGUGAAGGAAUCUAUGUUUGCCACAAAGAAGAAACCGGUUGUAAAGGGAGGAGUUAUACCCCCGCACCUGGAGUGGGAGGGCGGUAGUUUGCCCGCCCACCCUGAGUGGGUGGAGGAACCUGAGUAUGAGGUGUGGCAGCCCGCCCAUCCUGGAAACGAUCAACGAAGUGUUGAAAUGACGGUGCAGCCAACAUUAACUUCGAAUUCAAAAAUAAGAAUUGAAAUUGGAAAUCAGGUGCAGAAACCAUCCACCCCCACCCUGGCAAAAUCCAUCAGUUUCUCCAACCAUCUGAACCCGACCAACCAGGCGAACCAAACCAGUCCAAACCAUGUCAAGCAAACCAUCAACCACGGGAAAUCCUCGAGUCCGAGGACCAACUCGGAGAACAAUAUUGAUCUUAAACCCAGGGAUCAUGGUUCGGAUUCUCUGAUCAAUAAAUCAGAUAUUCAGAAGGCUCGGUCCCAGUUGAAGUCCUCCAGGUCCCUUCCUGAUAUAGUUGAUGAACAGGAUAAUUCAUCAUCAGGGGUUAGCAGUGAUCAGGAUAUUCAUCAGGAUUCUGAUUUUGUAACACAGUUGACUGUAUCUCCCCUGUCUCUACCUCCUGUGCCCGCGGGCAAACCCUGGGGUCGGUCAACAGAUCGAUGGCCACGCACUACGGACGACGAUUCCCAAAGCUCAGGAACUGGUUCGUCCCACUCGGACGAUUUGACUGAUAAAACAUGGAUCCUGCAGUCCGAGAAAGAUUUGAAUGGACGAAAUAUGAACAUGAUGUCGUCUAAGGAGAAGGAGAUGAAAAGAGAAGGAUCAUAUAAUGGUUUGUCUGUCCAAUCUAUAUCUGGUCAUUCUGCAGUACACAGUGGCAGUACACUUCCUAGUCAACAGUACAAUGCAAACACUUUGAGAAAAGAACCUGUUGAGAUAGAAUGGUCCCAGGAGAAUCAUUAUCAAAACUCAGCAAUUAAACUUGAAAAAAGUCUACCUCAACUCGGCGAUCAUGUCAACGUCCGUCGACCAUUCCGCAGUGACGACAGGAUGUCGCGCUCCUUCUGUCAGGAGAGUUCAACGCUGUCCCGUGUAGAGAGUUUAAUGACGUCUGGACGAGCGCAGUUGAAGAACGGGAUGUCGACCUCUGUAUUGGAUAGAUGUAGAACUAUAGAUGAGAGUUUAGCGCUGAUUAAUCAUUAUGUAAAGGACCUGAACCAACCAGAGCUUUAUGAGGGCGUUCCUCCCCCGCCCUCCUCCGCCACACCCUCCCUGUCUAUCUGCCCCUCACCUCGUUCUGACGAGUCUCCGCCCCUCCUGGCUCCGCCUCCCGGUUUCUCCGACUCUGAUUUAUCCUUGACCUCCGAUCCUGGUUCGGAGGCCGGUGGCGGAUUCCAGCGCUUUGGCGCAUCUAGGGUUUCCAGAGCUAUAAAUCCAGCCGUAUCGGCGCGUGAGAGAGGAACAGUCGAUGUUAAACGAAUAAAUUCAGAUUUCCGUUCUCGGAGUCUGUUGGAAUGGAGUGAAUCCGAUGUAUGUGAUUGGCUGGACUCACUUUUUAUUCCAGAAUAUAAGGCGGCAUUCCGAGAUAGUGGUGUAAACGGGGCCCGCCUCGCCACCUUGGACAACAGGGAUUGGGAACGCCUUGGUGUUGUAAAAAUAGUACACAGGUUGAAUAUACUGAAGUCUAUCAAGCGGUAUAUGCCGAAGAAAUAAAUCCCACCAAAACAUGGUUAAUCAAAAUGGCGGAUAAGAUGGAUGGAAAGACGCGCGAAAUCUUUUCAAAAUGGCGGGAGAUGAAUCUUCCUUUUCAACCUUCUGGAUUCUUCCUUAGUGUGCCAAACCCAGCCAAAUUGUGAAGCUUUUGUUUCACAACUAAAUUUUAUAUGAAAAUUAUAUUUAUUUUGGGUAAAUUUCAACUAGUCCAUAGUCGUAGGAGUUUUUCUUGACAUUUUUGUAAAACAAAUUUUGUCUGCUUACGUGAUGGUAGCAAUUGUUAAAAACUUGUGGAUACUUUGAGUACUAUUUGUGGUACUAGAAUACGCACAUGUACUUUAUAAUCUUCUUAAUAUAAAGUUUAUGUUUGAUAUUAUUCAUUUAAAAAGGGGUGUCCCAAUUAACUUUAAGCAUUUAUAAAUAUAAUUUACUUUCUGGGACACCCGUUUGAAUUGAUACUAGUACAAUGUAAGAAUAAUAUCUAUUUACGAGUUAAUAAAAAUAAAUUUUGAACGGCCUAAA